CGACGCAAAGAGUCGACGCAAAACCCACAAAAACUCAUCGCAAUCUGGUCGCAAACACGCUCAGUUUGUCCUGAGACGUGGCCGUGGUCGGGUGUCGUGCAAGCCAGAAGCUUGACUAAGCAACGUGCUCAGCACUGUGGUGGUUCUUGGAGGUUUUGGUGAAUUUUCAGUGGUGUUUGCGCUGUGAGGAGGCUGUCGGGCUGAAUCAGGUAAACCCUUCCGGCCGCAACUCCUGCGAGAGCCGCUCUCGUCCAUUUUUCUUCGCACAAUCACCUGCAGCAUCCGUCGGCUUUGUCCACCCGGAUGAAAAAUGUAAUGCAGUGCAUUAUACAUUACAUAAAAUAAAUAGCAUCCGAGGAGCAGUCGGUCAGCGUUCGGCGGCCCAAUAAGCAGCCGGCUAACCCCAAGAGUGGAAUUUGCAGGAACGACGGGACCACGUGCCAUGGGGUGUUUGGAGGUCGUCUGAGCGGCGGCCACUGACUGAUUAUGCACAGCACGGACAAUGGCACGGAGUCCGGUGGGGAGCAAGCGGCCAACGGUAGAGCGUCGGUGGCGGUGGCGGGCCCAACGCCGGUGUCGGUUUCGACGGCCGCCAACAGCGCCGGGGGCGGCGGCGUGCGGGAGUGCGCCGGCUGCGGCAAGAGGAUCACGGAAAGGUUCCUCCUCAAGGCCCUCGACCUGUACUGGCACGAGGACUGUCUCAAGUGCGGCUGCUGCGACUGCCGCCUGGGGGAGGUGGGAUCCACGCUCUAUACGAAGGCCAACCUCAUCUUGUGCAAGAGGGACUAUCUCAGGCUAUUUGGUACGACAGGAUACUGUGCGGCUUGCAACAAAGUAAUUCCAGCAUUUGAAAUGGUAAUGAGGGCAAAAAGCAACGUUUAUCAUUUAGAAUGUUUCGCUUGUCAGCAAUGUAAUCACAGGUUUUGCGUGGGCGACCGGUUUUACUUGUGCGACAAUAAGAUAUUGUGUGAAUAUGACUACGAAGAACGACUGGUAUUCGCCAAUAUGACCUACAACCCUAGCAGUUUAGCCCAUAUCAGAAGGCAAGUCAGUAACCUACAGCCAGCGGGCGACAAUCUAAACGGUGUUGGUGAAGGUAGACUUCUGACGACCCCGUCCUGUUACAGCGAGAAGAGCUCGGACAUGGUCCUGGGCGGCCCACCGCGACAGCCCAUUAGCACCAGGGACGACGGCUCCAGCGGCUACGGCAGCCCCGACUCGGAGACGUUCGAACCGCCGCCCCCGCACCACUGACGCCGGACCGCCAAAAGAAACUCUAAGAGUUCAGUGCAGUGCUCCGGGGGAAGAUCUCAUACGUGCUAGUCUACUUGCCAAAAACUAAUCACUCACCGACAUUUUCGGUUCUUUCUGUUACGUUCUCACACUCUUGCAUUGUAUACGAGCUGGCACCUUCGCAGAGGAGGCGCGAUUCGGAAGUCUAGUCAGACGCCAAAAUUCAGCGGGCGUCAAGUGGGGAGUCGAAGUUCGCGCGUUCGGCAGGGGACUUUCGCAGUGCCGGGUUUUCGUCGAAGUUCGCUCCCCCUCGUGGAUACUCACUCAAACUCCUCCCAAAUUGUUUUGUGAAUACUCUGAUUGGUGCUUCGAGCCUCGGUAUCGUUUCAAAGGAAGUAUACGACGUGUUUGUGAUUUUUAAUUUUAGUUGGAGCCUUUGGAAGGUGCCAUUGCGACUCUCCUUGCGACACAUGGCCAUAGAUCCUUUGCGAGCGGGGAGUUUUCUUUCAUGUAUACUAAUUUGUGGCCUGUUGAGAUCACUCAGGUGUCGUCUAAUUUCCGAAAUGCAUGUUUAUCUUGCCCUCGACGGGCGCAUGUAAAUAUACUGAAAGAUAAGUACACACUUUGUGAUUCGAUUGUAUAAUUUGUAAAAAAAUCAUAGGACUUCCUUAUUAUGUAUGAUUGUGUACCGUUCGCGCUAAUCAUCCAAAAUCGUUUAUUUUGUCAUGUGAUAACGAAAUUGAUUCGUAGAUGUAGUUUCUUACGACAGAAGGCUUCUUUUUAUACAUAUCUUACGCUGUUUACGUUUAAUAUAUUUUUAUAUAAGUUAGUACCUAUGCUAUUUAUGUGGGAGCAUUAAGAUUUUUGCAUUAUUGUUUUCUUGUACGUUACGAUCUUGUAUAUAAUAGUUAUUAUUGAAUAAAUGUUGUCUUUUCGUUAA